UAACUUCUCUCCCCGGUGCAAAUAAAGUCAACAAAUCACACCUUUUAACCUUCAAUCACGAAGCAAUACAUCAACAAACAUCUUACAAUACCAAAUCCAACAAAUUAUAGCAAACCACUGGAUCACGCCACCACCAUGUCCAGCUUAGAAGAAGAUCAGCCCGCAAGCUACAGCCUCAGCACCCGCAUCCUGACCACAGCAAUCCUGACCGUGGCAUUCGUCGUCGUCCUCCUCGUCCUCCUCCACCUCUACGUCCGCUGCAUCCUCCGUCGCAGCAGCGUCACGUUCCGUCGGGGCAACAUCACUCUCUUUCGCGUCGCAAGCGAGGCCAAUCACGUCGAACCCCAGCCCAUCGGGCUCGAUCAGUCUGUAAUUUCCUCACUGCCGAUGUUGGCGUAUCAUAGGAACGGCAAGGAUGAGUGCCCGAUAUGUCUGAGUGCAGUGGAAGAAGAGGAGAUGGUCAGAGUGUUGCCUAAUUGCAAGCACUUGUUCCAUGUCGAGUGCGUCGAUAUGUGGUUGCAUUCGCAUACUACGUGCCCGGUGUGUCGGUCUACGGUUGGGAUGGGGGAUUCGGGGUUGGUGUCGAGGUUGGGGUCGUCGCUGCGGAGGAUGAUGAGCAGGGAGAGGUCAGGGAGAAGAGUGCAAGCGGAUGGAUUGGAUAUUGAGUUGCGGAGACAGAGUAGCGUAUCGUAAGGGGCUAAUUCAAAUUUUGUGGCAUUCAUGAGGGGCUCAACGUAAUUUUCCCAUUUCAUUAUUAGGUGCCAAGACUUUGGACUUUGGAGGGUUUGGUUAGUGAAUGGUACAUGUGAGGGAGCCUCAGGAGUCCUAAACUUGUUUAGGAGUGGAAAAAUGUCAUGCAGGUUUUGACUUUCUGUGAUUAAUUAAUUGCGUUCACUUGGAUUCAUUUGUAGUCUAUAAGUCGUGGUUACAUUGUGGAUGUAUGUCACUAGUGUU